ACCAUAGAGUUUAUGAGAGUAGGAAAGCACGUUGUAUUGUGGGAUUGCAGCGUUGUGUUGGUCUCUUGUGAAACUAGCUAGCUAGUGCCUUGUUAUAUUUUAUGACAGUUGGUUUUACAGAAGAAACAUGCCAGAUUUACCUGUGGAAAAAGUUGUUGUUCACCCGCUAGUGCUGCUUAGUGUGGUGGAUCAUUUUAAUAGAAUUGGAAAAAUUGGCAACCAAAAGCGAGUCGUGGGUGUGUUGCUGGGUUCCUGGUAUAAGAAAGUCCUUGAUGUGUCCAACAGUUUUGCGGUACCAUUUGAUGAGGAUGACAAAGAUGACUCGGUGUGGUUCCUCGACCAUGACUACCUGGAGAAUAUGUAUGGAAUGUUCAAGAAAGUAAACGCCAGAGAAAGAGUAGUUGGCUGGUACCAUACAGGCCCAAAACUGCACAAGAACGACAUUGCAAUCAACGAACUUGUGAAGCAGUACUGCUCAAAUUCUGUUUUAGUUAUUAUUGAUGUGAAGCCCAAGGACUUGGGUCUGCCCACAGAAGCCUAUAUCUCUGUGGAGGAAGUGCAUGACGAUGGUACUCCCACGUCCAAGACUUUCGAGCACGUGACGAGCGAGAUCGGAGCAGAGGAGGCAGAGGAAGUGGGUGUGGAACACUUACUGAGAGACAUCAAGGACACGACGGUGGGCACCCUGUCCCAGCGCAUCACCAACCAGGUGCACGGCCUGAAGGGCCUCAACUGCAAGCUGCUGGACAUCAAGAGCUACCUGGAGAAGGUGGUCACCGGCAAGCUGCCCAUCAACCACCAGAUCAUCUACCAGCUGCAGGACGUCUUCAACCUGCUGCCCGACGUCAACCUGCAGGAGUUCAUCAAGGCCUUCUACCUGAAGACCAACGACCAGAUGCUGGUGGUGUACCUGGCCUCGCUCAUCCGCUCGGUGGUGGCCCUCCACAACCUCAUCAACAACAAGAUCGCCAACCGCGACGCGGAGAAGAAGGAGGGCCAGGAGAAGGACGACGGCAAGAAGGAGAAGAAAGACGAGAAGGACAAGGAGAAGGAGAAGGACAAAGACAAGGACAAGGACAAGGACAAGGGGGAGGCUGUGAGUAAGAAGGACGAUAAGGAGAAGAAAUGAGGCGCUGCAGACACGGACCGACACAACCAUGGCUGUAUUUCAGAUCAGUGGUCUUGUUUUUUGUUUUUGUUUUUGUUUUUUUUGGAGAAUUUUAUAAUGCUGCACCAACUGUUAUCCUGUCCGAUACAAGAUUGGCUGAACACUGUAUUUAUCAUUUGAUAAAGGGGACAUUUUCUGAAUUUAGUAAAAAUAUAUCAAACGGAAUGAAGUUGUAUGCAUUUUUUAAGUUGUUUUUUUCCCUCAAAAAAGUGUCAAAAUGACGUGAUUAAAUACGAUGACGAAUAGCUAAAUAAAAGGCCAGUCGUUUCUAA